GAGAUCUAAUACAUAUUGACAAGGCACAACAAAGCCCUACGAGCGCUCCUGGGUCCCUCUCACAGUGAGUCUGUCUAUUCAGAAUAGAAGCAGUUUAACUCUAGAACCGUGUAGAUAUAUUCUCUAUUGGUCAGGGUUAUGUGGGUUCACCUCACAAUGUCUUUCUUGAAUCAGAUGAAGCUGCUGGGCCUGAUUGAUCUUAUUCUCAUAUUGAUGCUGGCUUCACCUUCAAAAGGUGAAAUCUGGAAGAGUACUGUAUUCCCUAAAAGAAUUAAUGCAACACUGGGUUCAGACCAGAUCAUAAAUUGUACGUUUUACUUUCCGAGCGAAUACCUCCAUGAUGAUAUCAAAGUGCUCUGGAAAAAAGGGCGUAGUUACAGAGAAAAGGAAUUCCUUUAUCACUGGAAUUCCUCGUUGGUGCUUCCGGAGUACAAAGGAAAGACAUCGCUCAUCUAUCCAGUUGGACCUAAGAUGACUGAAAAUGAAACUGUAGCCAAAGGAAACUGCUCCCUCAAGAUCACCAACAUUACGAAAAAAGAAGUUUUCCAUGUGAGAGUUUUUAUAAAGGAAGAGAAGAAUGGGAAAUACAGUUUUAUCAAGGAUGCUGUCUCCAUUUCUUUAUCUGGUAAACAGCCAGUCUCUGCUCCGCCAUCCAAUUUGACCACCCCACAAUUAGACACUACCUCACCACCAAUACUUACGCAGACUUCAAAUCGAUGGAUAUAUAUGUCCAUCUUUGUACCUGUUGGUGCAUUUCUGAUCAUCCUUUUUGUCACUGGAAUGGUCUUUUUCAUCAAACACAAAAGGUCACAAUCUUUCACCAGGGAGGAAUCUGGAUAUUAUGCAAAUUUCAGCCGAUCAUCAUCAAGCCAAGCCCAAAGAGAAGCAUCUUGCAAGAAACUUCCUGAACAGAAGGCCAUUGAUGAACCUAUCUACAUCAACACUGAGGCCCCUCCAGUUCAGAUGGACCAAAGUAUGGAUCACACAGAGAAUGUAUAUGCAAACGUGGAUUAUUCAAAAUAGUACAAAAGCUGCAUCUCACUAGUCUAUUAGCACCUCACCUCGUGCACAUAUUCAUAUCUAUGUGCAAACAUGGUUUUCUUAUUACGAGGAACAAAGGAUUCACAGCUUCCUCAAAGGGAUUUUAUGAUGUUAAGAUUACAUGCCAUUAAUAAAAACAGAGAACAGCCAAAUUACAAUUGUUAGUUAUUUGCUGGCCCGUGGUUGGAAAUACUGUGAGAUGCAGGGAUGCUUUGUAAAACAUGAACUUGCUUGGUAUUUUUGAGAGAGAAAUUCAUGUUUGUUAUCAGUCAUGAUAUCAUUCAGAUUGUGGACUUACUGUCAGGUCACAAGCUUUAAAACAGCAGCAUUUAUUGGGACACAGGCAGGUCCCCCUAAAUCUGACCAUGUCUGCUUCUGUAGCUGCUGUGUGUCAGUUGCCUCUAUAGGCACAUCUAACCAUCUGAAUAUUGCACUCUUCAAAUAGCAGGAAAAUACUGCACCAAUGACUUUGGACCAGGCGUUUUGUUGGCUAAUUGUUUAAUUGCUUUCUGCUGCCUCAAGAUAACAGUGCACCAACAAUGCGCCUAGCCACACCUCAUUUUAAGACCAACAUGUUCAUGGGCAUACAGAAGGAUGGUAUAUUAUAUAUAUAUAAGGUAUAUUUGCUACUUACACAAUGUGGGUUCUGUGAAAGGGAAUCACAACUGUGUUGGCCUAAAACUAGCAAUGUGCCUGUCUGUGUCCAGGGGCCAAUUUUCCUUUACUUUAGGCUGUUUGAAGUUAUUUAUUUGCAUUAUUUCAUACAAUAUUGAAUGCUUAUUUCGAAUGUGUAUAUUAGAUUGAAUAUGUAACCAUUGGUAAUGUACUGUUUAUUACUGCUUAUAACCAGGGUUUUAAAUGUGUCUUAAC